AUGGCCAGCCACCGUCAGCGCAUCUUAACAUGGGCAUCACCUGCAGAAGUGGACGAAGCCAAGGAAUGGGUCAAACAGCGCAUCGACAUGGCAAGAAUGCCAGGUUGGGCAGGUGGAUGGGCAGUGAUGGACGGGACAAAGUUUGAUAUUGCUGAAGAACCAUCUCUCCAAGGAGGUUGGUUUGGGCAAAAAGGGUUAG